UUAUCCUGCCCUGAAUUUUUAGAUUGUUUGCCAGAAAUCACUCCCGUCUCGCAAUCACCAACAGGGAUUUGGAGAAGUUUUCCUUUUUGGGGGGCAAGUCAAAACCUUGCACUGACGCUCCUAAUUAGCGGUAACAGAAGUGAGUCUCCAGGCCUCUCCGCUGAGCCGGAGCCAGCGAACACUCAGGGCUGGGAAAGGCGUGCCGGCAGCUGCGGAGAACUUUGUUUGUGUUGUGAGGCCAAUCCCGGAAGAGCCCGCCCCUCGCUACCAUUGGCUGAUUCUGCCGUCACUCCUCUUUCUCGCGCGCUGAUUGGGCAGAGCGGAGAAAAGCCCGUCGCCGGGGCCACUCCCAGGGCCCUCGUGAGGCAGCAAAGGCACCAUUUUGGGGUUGUUUGGGCGCGUCCGGGAACGGGGGCGGCGGAGCUCGGAGGCGGCCCCAGCGCAGUUCCCGCCAACCUGUCCAUCUCACUGGUGUCCUCAAGCUCCCAGCCCGGCUCCAGCCACCUGCUCUGCUCCAUGAUGGAUUUCUACCCUGCCCAGAUCCAGCUGAGGUGGUUCCAGGGCCAGCAGGAGCUCUCAGGGCACGUGGUGGACAUCGAUGUGGUGGCCAACGGCAACUGGACCUACCAGCUGCUGGUGCAGCUGCAGAUCGCCCCCCUGCGCUGGGUCACCUACCUGUGCCAGGUGGAGCAUGUCAGCCAGGAGCAUCCCCUGAGACAGCUCUGGGAGAUGCCGCCGGACACUGCCCACAGCAAGACGCUGACGGGGAUCGGGGACUUCAUGUUGGGCUUGGUCUUCCUGGCGCUGGGGCUCGGCUUCUACGUGCACAAGAAGAGCUCCUGAGCCGGCAGCGGCCGCAGCCCCUCCUCGUGGCCUCGGACCCGGCCGGGACCCCCUGGGCCAUCCCCACGCUGAUUU